CGGUGGGUGUCGCUUCCGGAGCAGCAUGGCGGCCUCGGAGGACGACAGACUGGCGGGGAGCGGAGAAGGAGAACGGCUGGAUUUCCUGCGGGACCGGCACGUGCGGUUCUUCCAGCGCUGCCUCCAGGUCUUGCCGGAGCGGUAUUCUUCGCUGGAGACCAGCAGGUUGACAAUUGCAUUUUUUGCACUCUCUGGGCUGGAUAUGCUGGACUCCUUGGAUGUGGUGAAUAAGGACGAUAUAAUAGAGUGGAUUUACUCCUUGCAGGUUCUUCCCACAGAAGACAGGUCGAAUCUGAGUCGCUGUGGUUUUCGAGGUUCUUCAUACCUGGGUAUUCCAUUCAAUCCAUCAAAGAAUCCAGGAACAGCUCAUCCUUACGACAGUGGACACAUAGCGAUGACUUACACAGGUCUUUCCUGUUUAAUUAUUCUUGGAGAUGACUUAAGCCGAGUAGAUAAAGAAGCUUGCUUAGCAGGCUUGAGAGCACUUCAGCUGGAAGACGGAAGCUUCUGUGCUGUUCCUGAAGGCAGUGAGAACGACAUGAGGUUUGUGUACUGUGCUUCCUGCAUUUGCUAUAUGCUCAACAACUGGUCAGGCAUGGAUAUGAAGAAAGCCAUCAGCUACAUUAGAAGAAGUAUGUCCUAUGACAAUGGGCUGGCACAGGGAGCGGGCCUUGAGUCUCAUGGAGGAUCCACCUUUUGUGGCAUUGCGUCACUGUGCCUGAUGGGUAAACUGGAAGAAGUUUUUUCAGAGAAAGAACUGAACAGGAUAAAGAGGUGGUGCAUAAUGAGGCAGCAGAACGGGUACCACGGAAGACCGAACAAGCCGGUUGACACCUGCUACUCCUUCUGGGUGGGCGCUACGCUAAAGCUUUUGAAAAUUUUCCAGUACACUAACUUUGAGAAGAAUAGGAAUUACAUCUUAUCAACUCAGGAUCGCCUUGUUGGGGGAUUUGCUAAAUGGCCAGACAGUCAUCCAGAUGCUUUACAUGCGUACUUCGGGAUCUGUGGGCUAUCACUAAUGGAGGAGAGUGGAAUUUGUAAAGUUCAUCCUGCUCUGAAUGUAAGCACUCGAACUUCUGAGCGCCUCCGAGAUCUCCAUCAAAGCUGGAAGACCAAGGACUCUAAACAGUGCUCAGACAAUGUCCAUAUUUCCACUUGACUAACCCUGGGGUAAUGGGUUUGUAGCAUAAGUGUAGCUCAAGGUUAAAAGCCAUGUGUAACCAAGUGUGCUCUUCUUUAAGGGGUAGUCUUAAAAGUCAAAAGCUUGUACUGCUAAUACUUCAGGAUGUGCUCUUGAGCCAGUAACCACUGUACUGGAUUUCAAGAAAAUCCUUCUUGAAGUUUGGACAUCAGCAGGACUCUGGUAUGGUUCUUAACUGUUUAUACUGUGUUUCUGAGACAUUUCAUGGGGCAGAUUGACUAUAUGUUUGUAGGUUAUCUUCUUAAAACCCUCAGUACAAGUUCUGGCUUACAAAAUGGACACAAAUCUUCAAAACAAGUUUACACUUCAUAUGGCAUUGAUAAUCUUCAGGUGAGAAUUUAAUGAUCACUUAAACCUCUACUGCUGAUGGUAAGAAAUUUGUUUUACUGAAUUAAGUAUCUGGGAUUAUUCUUUAAAAAUUGAUGGUCUCAUAAUUUUCUUAAAGAAUAGCAUAUUUUGUGUUAUUCUUAAGGUGUGCCAACUAGACUUGUAUAACCUGUACAAAUAAAAAUUAAAAGUUCAUAUAAGAAAAAAAGUAGGCUUAACUAAUACUAUAGUUUUCUAAAGGGAGAAUGUUACCUAUUGAGGGGAGUAAUUGACUGUUUAAUUAUGAAUGAAAAAGUUAUGUCUUUAUUAGAGGUUCCUUAGGUGAAUACCUGUUGUGUUUUGUUUUAAUCCCAAAUCAUUGACUGCCAUUUGUCUGGGGCAAGGGAAGAAACAAUCUUUGCUAUCUACAGAAAAGACAUUCAGUGUUUUAUUCUUCUGAGAAACUGUAAAUUAUACUUGUAUAGCUAUAGCUGAGUUCUUUUAAGAUGCUUAGAUUUUUUUUUUUCAGUGUUUUGUGGCCACUAUAGUUAACUGCUUCAUCCCCUGUCUACUAGGUUGAGCAUCCUUAAUCCAGAAUCCAAUAUCUGGGUCAGGCAUAGUGACACAUGCCUUUAGUCUCAGGACUCAGGAGGCAGAGGCAGCCAGAUAUCUUUGAGAUCAAGGCCAGUCUGGUCUCCAGAAUGAGUUCCAGGCCAGCUGGAGCUAUACCAUGAGACCCUGUCUCAGAAAACAAAACAAAACAACAACAACAACAAAAUAAUAAUAAUAAAAUCCAGUAUCUGAAAUGCUCCAGAAUCUAAAUUUUUUAACUGACAGUAUGACACAAUUGGAAAAUCACAAGUAAAUUUCAGAGACUCUGAAAUAGUGUAUAAAACUACUUGAAACUAAUGAAUAAAGUGCAUGAAAUAAAUGUAUUCCGUAUUUAGACCCUCCUGUCCACAAGGUAAAAAGUGUAUAUGCAGACUCUGAAAACAGAGUCUAAACUCUGAAACAUUACUUUUGGUUCCAACCAUUUUGGAUAGUGAUACUCAACCUAUAAAUACUUUUCUAAUGUUUUUAAGUUUGGUAAAUCUUUAAAUAUAAACAGAACCACUGAAGUAUACAUAAUCAUUUAUAUUUUUAUAUUUUUGGCUAAGCGGGAGGGAAAUACAUUCAUUUAGAGGGAUAAACUUGGGUUUCACUUACUUGUCGUCUUGUUUUAUUGUCUUAGUUCUGUGAACUAACAACCAAAAGGAGAUGGUGUGAAAAUCCUUUGUUAGCAAUCAACAUGUCACAUCUAUGACUUGGUGGCAAGAAGGAAAUUUCUUCACUGGAGGAAAUGGGUUUGUUAGUUUUGGUAGUAAUAAGAGUUGUAUUAAUCAAUAGACAUCAUUGUAAAAGCUAAGUUACAAGUGUCCCUGGAUAGAUAAUAGCAUUUUCAUUUAUUUCCUAAAUCAGAGAGAUAUUUUCUACAUCAUAGUUCUUCUAAAGGGAAACCAGCAUAAGAUUAAAAAAUAAUCUCUUAUCUGCAAGCUUGGCUUUAGACUUGAGUUUGUAGUGCUGGGAGUUUAGCUUGCUGCCUGAUGGGCACAAGGGCCUGAAGUCCCUGGCUUUGAUCCUUGGCCCUCAAACUAAUAAGCCAACCAAAUCCUAAUUAGAAAUAAGUCUUCCUGUGGUGGAGAGAAAAGCUUUAACAAGAAAUGUUAUCUUUUCACGAGUUUUUCCAGUUGCUUCUAUUUAAUCUCAAUAUUAACCAUUCCUGUCUCAAACUGAGUUAUCUACCAGACAUUAAGAGCUGAAGUAGCAUGUUGGAAAUGCUAUAGAAGUAUUUCAAGCCAGUGCUUUUCCUGAGUUACUAUUAGUUGUUAAAAAGUAAGAAACAUGGUUAUUGCCAGGAGUUGGUGACUCACACCUUUAAUCCCAGCACUCUGGAGGCAAAGGUAGGUGGAUCUCUGAGUUCAAGGCUAGCCUGGUCUACAGAGUUAGUUCCAGGACAGCCAGGGUUACACAGAGAAAUUUUGUCUAAAACAACAGCAACAAAAAGUGGUUAUAAAAUAGAUUUAUAAUAUAAAAGUAAUUUAUAUUUUCACACUUCUUGAAUAAUUUGCUAGCAAAGGAAUACUAAUGGCAGAAUGAUUCUAAUAUGUCUAAGAUAAGGUUCCAUGUGAUACGUUAUGGACCAGUGAAUGUUCAUGUUUCAUAGAAACCAACCAAAAAAUACUGAGUUGUUAUGAAGUACAGAAAAAUUGUUUCUAGCUUUUCCUAAAUAGUUAUGUAUAAGGAAAAUAUUUAUUAAUAAAUUAUAAGCAACAUAUAUAAUGUUUUCUAGAAGCAGUGGCAUAGUAAGAAGACAAACGCGUGGUUCAGGUGUGCAGCCCCAUUCGCUCCUCACCAGCCUCUCUCCUCCUCUUUCUGGACUUUCUGAAGAAUAGUGGCAAGAAACAUUUGUUUAUCACCUACAUUUUUAGGUUUGACCUGUAAUAUUUGUUUUUAUUAGGUUUUAAAAUAUGUAGUUAUAAGUAAGUAAGUUCAAAUAUACAUUUUGCUGACAAUGGUCAUAAUUUAAGAAGUGAGAGAGGGGGAGAAGGAGGUUAUCUGAAGCUCGGUGAUUCGAAGUUUAUCUGUCCAUUGUGCAGCAUGAUCUUGGACGAAGUUCUGCCACUGGUAAGAUGAAGUAACAGAAUUUCAUUCACUGAGCUGAGUCAGGAAUGAAUGUGGGAGUAUAUAUAAAAAAGCACUUUGGAUAGAGUAGGUAUCCAACUAUAGUUUCAUGUGAUCAUAAAAGUGUAAAAUCUUGUAUGAUAGAAUUCUUAACAGGGUUUAAACUGAAGGAAGAUGCUGCCAGUGAUGUAGGGGCUUUUUUUGGGGGGGGGGGCUUUUUGUUUGUUUGUUUAUUUUAAACUGUCAACAUAAGUAACAGAAGGAGUAGCAAAUAUAGCCAUGGUCACUGCAGAACUAGGUGACAGGUGGUCCCCCAUGAGCCUCAGAAUACAAGUGAAAGAACAUAUGUGCGGAGGAUGUAGGCAAGAGCAGCCGUAGUCUGAGGCCUUGCAGGUGGGAGCAUUGCAGUGUUGUCACUUCAAAGGACAGUGGGCCAGUCUGAAAAUGAUGGCUGAAACUCAGAAGAGCUCUACAGAAUCCUGUCUGCAGGCUGGUGAGUGCUGAAAGAGUGGGAGGCCUGGUCUGAUACUGUAUGCCUUUUGAAAUUAAUGAGGUAAAGCACAGCACUGGGAAGAAGCUGCUAGAAUUGAAUCCAAAUUGGACAGGAUAGGCAUGAGACAUAAAGAAGAAACAGCUAAAAUAAAUGUUGGUAGGAAAAGCCUGUAAAUAUAGAUGCAUACACAUAGGGCAUACAUAGUCACUUAAAUCACAGGAAAUGGAAGGGAGCUAGAAAGAUAGAGCAACCCUUCCUUCACAACUGUGACUUCACUGAAAAAAGUAAGAUGUAAAAGUGCAGUUGGUUCUUAAAGGUAAAGUAAGCAGAGCAGCUCCUCACCAGCAGGAGCACAGAGACACAUGCAAGGCCCCUGCCCCUGGGACUUCACCCUGGACAAGGCAAUCAGUGACACAGAGAGAGUUUGCAGUGUUUGCAGGGAUGCCCAUGGUCUCAGAAGUGGGGCAAGAAACAAAACAAAACAAAGCAGAGAAAGGAGGCAGGAAAGAUGAGAGCAAGAGGCAAUUAGUCUAAAGCCAAGAAAUUCAAAAGCUUCUUGGCAUAGUAAGAGUGCUCAGGGAAAUCACCCGUUAGCUAACCUCUAAGAGGCAGGAGAGACAUGUAGGAAACGUGAAGUGAGCGGGAGGAUGUGGUGUUAAACAACUGUUUCCAGUUGUCUGAGGAAUCUCACACAAAUUCAGAGAUGAAAUUUUUAGAGAAAAAUACUAAUUGAUAAAAUUUAAUACAGAGAAUACAACUGCCAUAGGGAAAUGCAGAUAAAAGAACAUUGUACAGACUUGGAAGACUGAAGAAUCUCAAUGUCGCUCUAAUAAUUUCAGAAGCUAGAGAAGGGAUCUUGAAUCUUAAAUUACUACAUAAAAGAAUUUUUUUUUCUGUAUUUACUUUGUAAGGUUGGUAUAAUAACAAUGAUUCAAAAAACACAAUAGAAAUUGUAUGAAAAAGGACAUUUUACCAGCACUUGCGAGGCAGAGGCAGGCGAAUUUCUGAGUUCAAGGCCAGCCUGGUCUACAGAGUGAGUUCCAGGACAGCCAGGGCUACACAGAGAAACCCUGUCUCCAAAAAAACUGAAGAAAAAAAAAAAAAAAAGAAAAGAAAAGAAAUUUUAGGUAAGUCUGGCUUGCUGCUGUCUCCAGAGAGCAGGGCAGUAGCUCUUUCAGGAAUGCUUGCCACUCCGUCAUGGAGGCCUGAGAUAGAUCUGCAGCACUCACGUAAAGAACUGCUCCUGAUGCUGAGCUCUUGUUCCCAGCUCAGAGGAGGCAGAGGGAGGCAGACUGCUGGAGUGUGUUGGUUGGCCAGCCCAGCCUAACUGAUGAGCUUCAAACCCCCUGACAACCCCUGUCUAGAAGAUAAGGUGGGCCAGAUGAGCUGUUUGAGUUAGUGGAGGCUCUUGCUGUGCAAGCCUGGCAACCUGAAUUCGAUUUUCUAGAAUCCAUAGAAAGUGGAGGGAGAAAACCAACUUCACAGAGUUAUCCUAUGACUUCCAUAUGCAUGCCCAUGGCAUGAGUGCCCCCACACACAAAUAAUAAAUUUUAACCCAAUGUGAAGAGCUGAAGAACAACUGAGGUUGGCCUCAGGCCCCCACACAUCUGCAAAUACAAACAUAAGUAUCAAUACGAGUUAUUCCGAAAUUAGACCCACAACUCAGUAGCACUUGAAAGAAAGAAUAAAAUCAUGGCUCAUUUGAGCUUAUAUUAGGAGUGCAAGGAUAAUUCAAUUUUAGACUAUCUUAAUAUGGUGUUAAGAGACAUUUGGUUUGAUAGAAAUAAGCACUCUCAUUAGAAACUGAUAUAUAAUUCACUGGCAUGGCAACUCUUCCCUAGAGGCAAGCUUCUUACCAUUGUAACCAAAGAGCCUUUCUGACAGAGCCUGGGUGUGCUUACUAUCUCCUUUCCUACCUACCGCCAUGCUCGAACUUUUCACCACGGAAGUUAGAGCAAAGACAGGAAUCGGGAACAGUUCAGACCUGGCAAAUAGGACCAUCUACUUGAACAACCAAGUUAAGUAGCUGUAGUAGUUAACAUGCAGGCAGCAGUAGGAUUUAGCAGACCUGGGCAUGAAUAAGGCCUUCAUUUCCACAGUUUAAGGUUGGGCUAAGUGUCGUCAGAAAUCUCCCUCUUUCAGCCACUUCCUCCCUGCCCAAAAUUAAGUGCUCUCAGGACUGGCUGGAUCUGGACUGGCUAGGGCCACCUGUUUGUGUACAACUCGUGCUCUGUACAAGUGCAGCCAUGUGGAAUACACUGGGUUUUACUUGGCUUCUUUGCCCUAAAGAGAACACAAGGGCUCUCUGGUGCUGGUAGUGCUUGUUUUUGAUCUAGGUGCUGGUUACAUGGGUGCAUUCUACAUUUUAUGAGUAUUUACCAAGCUGUUCAAUCAAUCAUGCUUUGCGUACUGUUCUGUAUUGUAAAUACAAUCCAAUAAAAAUGUUUAGUU